UAGGCAUGGUGAGACGCACCUACAUACGCGUACUUCAACAAUUAGCAGUAAUAGCAGCAAUUCUCAAGCACAGAAUGUUAUUCCUCGUCCUACUAGGUUACUGAUAGGCAAAUCAGAUAGUGAUAGCGGUGUACAUACUCAACCCGAGGAUACACCAAUAAAAACUACUUUGAAUCGUCAAAGAGCACCCUUUCCAAGGACUGCGACAACAAGCAAACUUCGCUGGAUAAUCAAUCGCUCACAUUCGCGACUUGAGGACACUCCAAAUAGACCAUUGUCAAGCUCCUAUCAGAAAAACACCCUCCAAUGUCGUGUUGACGAUUAUCGACUUACGACUUCCUCGACAACAACAACUAAUUUGGAUGAUGAGACUAACUUAAAUCUCUCCUCUAUUUCAAUAGCAAGUAGUGCUUCAUCUUCCAUUAUGAGGGACAAUGGAAAGCAUAAGAUGAGUGAUUUGUCCGGAAGUCGGAUUAUCCAAGGGGUGAUUAAUAUCAGCUCAAUUUCAGACGAUAAUAACGGAAGAAAUCAGUAUAGAUGCAACCAGGAAUCGGUAGACAGCGGCACUGAUGUUGAUGAAGUAUUCACCAACGAUUCUAUGAAAUCGGAAUCUGAUGAGAUUGAAACCCGGAAGAACAGUACCUUCGAUAAUUCUACACCACGUAUUGUCCUCUCACCAAAGUCAAAUUCGGAUAUUUGUGAAACUAAACCAUGUACAGACACUACAAAGCUGACCGCUUUCGAUCUGGUGCCCAUUGUCGGAAUUCUCUGUUUAGAUGAAGCAUGCUAA